AUGCAGCCCAACGACAUCAUCCCCGACGCCCCCUUCACCUUUCUCCACACCAGCAUCAAAGCCACCCUCCCAUGGCACCUCCACACCCCCUUCGAAGCCACCCUGCGCGGCGCCGCAUCGACUAUACUCCAGCAUUACACCAAAGUGACGGACGAGCAGUGUAAGGUGAUUAUGGUACAGCAGAUGAAGAAGUUGUAUGACCAGCAUAUUCUGCGGGUUAUGUUCAGCACGUGCCCCUUGCGGGAUGUGAACCCUUUCCUUCUCAUCACUCGCCAACAAGCUUUGGAAUGGGAUCGAACACACCCUGAAGAGGGGCUUUACUUUUACGACUCGGCCAAGACGAAGAUAUUGCCAGCAGUGUGGCAGGGGGUCAAGUGUAUUCCAGCACGUCUGGAGGAUCUGAAGAUUAUUGAGGGGAGGGAUAUGGCGAUGUUUCAUACGCAUGAGGGUGAGUACUUGAGCUUUGUAAGGGUGGAUGCUCAAGGAAGUUUGUCGGCAGGGAGGAUGUUUAUCGGCAAAGUUAUCACGCCUGUACGAUCUGGUAUAGCCCUCAGCUUCUACCUCGAAGACCCCUCCGGCGCCGUGUUUCCCGUCAUCAUCAACUACCCCACACCCAUCCCCCACUUCGCCCUCUCCCUCCCCAACACGCUCGCCAAACUCUACCCCCUGGGCGCUUUACUCGCUAUCAAGUCCCCGAGAGUCGGGUUCAGUGGGAAUGGGGGGUUCGCGAUCAAAGUGGAUUUACCGCAUGAGAUUGAAGAGGUGCACCCGGAGGAUCCGGUGGUGAGGGGGAUGAAGUGGCAGGAUGGGCUGGAGGAGCGUUGCCCGGAGAGUUUGUUGGACUGCAAAGACGAGGGAGCUGAAGAGAUGUCGAAUCAAAACUUUUGUGUCGCUCUCCGUCUCUUCUCACUCGCUCUCUCCGACCCCAUGGUCAAGAGCAGUGGUAUCAAAACCAUGAUCUUCCUCCUGGAACGUACGCAAGCCUAUCAAGCACUUGGCCUGCACGGUCAUGCUUAUCGCGAUGCGCUCCGCGCUCGAGAGGUUAUCAACAGAAACAACGUCACCAUCCCCGUAGAUAUGCACGUUCAUAUACAGCUACAGAUCGCAAAGGCCGCGAUGGGCCUUGGUCUUUACCGGACCGCCAUCAAAGCUUGCGAUGACGCUGCGCCUGUAUCGACCAUGACGGGGUUUGUCAAAAUGGUGAGGGAGAGAGCGGAGAAGAGAUUGAAAGAGCAAGAGAGUGGGGGGUAUGACUGGGUCUCGAUCUUUUGA